UCUCAGGCCGUCGUCAUUCGUAAACAGAGAGCAUCAGUCGAUUGCUCCACAUUUUUCGAUCUUUUUACUCCAAAACAGUCUGAGAUUCAACCGAGAUGGCAUCGACACUAAUCAAGAAAGGCUUAGACCAACUAAAAAGCAAAGAAUUCAGAGAAUAUUUGAUGAGCACACAUUUCUGGGGACCUGUCGCAAACUGGGGCAUUCCAAUCGCUGCGAUCGCCGACACGAAAAAAGACCCGAAGUUCAUCAGCGGCAAAAUGACAUUAGCUCUGUGCCUGUACUCGAUGAUUUUCAUGCGUUUCGCGUGGAAAGUGCAGCCGAGGAACAUGCUGCUGUUCGCGUGCCACUUCACCAACGAGGCCGCACAGCUCACCCAGGGCUACAGGUUCGUCAAUUACAACUACCUGAGCAAGCCCGAGGAGCCUGUCGAAGCAGCUGAACCUGUACAAGUACAAAAGUAACUUUGCUCACCGCGCUGAUGCCAAUCUUGUUAUGACACACCGUGUUAGGUCCCUUUCCCAAUCAAAUUUAUUGGUUUUUCGUCAGAUUAGACCUAAACUUACCAGCUAAUAGUAUAGUAUAUGAAAUUUUCCGGCAUUAUUAUGUUCCAUCACAGAGCUAGUCCAAGUAGCAAAAGUUGUUUUAAACUUGAAAGAUUAGCAUACUGUCGAUAUUUUUGCCACUUUAUUAAGAGGUGAAACUGCACAAGUUAUAUAAUUAUAUACAGUCAUAAAUAAAACUGUUGAUUUUUUAAAA